AUGUUGGCUUUCAAAGCAGUAUGCUUUUGUAUUAAACGUAUGCCUCGCAUCUUUGCGUUAUCUUUUAACGUUAUUGCCGUGUUUUUAACCGCCUUCCUGUUGAUCGGUUGCUACAAUGAGACUAGUCUAUCUACUUUUUUGGUCAGUUACAAAUUUGAAAAGAGUUCUCCUUUUUACUCAGUGAUUAAAUCGUCAUUUAAUAGUACGACUGUUCGUUCUAACGUUUCCUUAAGUGGAUUGGAAAAUGUCGAGAUUAAAUCUGGUUAUAUGGGCGUAUGUCUGCUAAAUUUGCCCAAGGAUUAUGAUAGUGACUCACAAAGAAUUUGUUACCCACGGAAAAACCUGUUCAAUACAACGGUUUACAGUGAUUUAUCAAUCGAGAUGUUCAAUUUGCCCUCUACCAAUAAUUCCGGUUCUAAUUCUCAAAAUAAUGUACCUAUCAAGCUCAAUAUUCUUCAAUUGGGGCAAUUGACAUCGGUCGAGAUCAUCCAUCCUUAUAUCCUCAUGGCCACAGUGGUAUUAUCGUGUGCUAUGUUCUUGCUAAUCAUUUACGUGACGCUGCCUAAGCUUCCGAAGAAACAAUUCAUGACUCGAGUACUGCUGGCUUGGAGUCCCGUUCUCACCUUACUCUGGGGAUUCGGCACCAUGUGGACCCACGUAGGAAUUAAUGCAACAUCAGAGCUGGCUCCAGCAGCAAGCAUGGGGAUCAUAAAGGCUAAGAGAGGCAAGAAAGCGGCAACGAUGUCUUGGUGCGCAUUUGCUUUCCUACUGCUUGACUGUUUGAUCAUUUGGGCAUUGUAUUUCAGAGAUAGAAAGAAAUUGAGUGAUGAAAUCGAUAAAAUAAAGGCUAGCAACUCCUAUGAUAAGUAUCAUUCGGAUUCAUCCACUUUGGCUUAA